CCGCGCUCAGGGGUUUCCAUGGCGACACGGGGGAGGGGCGGUGUUACACCCACCGGAAACUGCCUCUGCAGUGCCAGGAGAACAUGAAAAGAAGGCAGAACUGAUAUUUCUUUAACGGAGUGUAUUUAUCAUAUAUUACCCUGCUCCUAUGCGUGUUGAAUGUGUGACAGACACUCGGUGGUAUGACUGGACUCCUGUGGGCGCAGUUUGACGAAGUAGUCCGCCGACUGUCCUGGAAACAUCGCCCCGGCCGACAGUAGGCUGUGUGGGAGAAGGCAGAGCGGUCCUUCCCCCUUCAAUGACCAACCUUCAGAGCUAGCGGUAAAAGCUGGCGACACCGCAACCAUGGAAGACUACCAUGAAAAUCCUUAAGUAGUGUUACUGCUGAGCUCCUGGCCCGCAGAGUUACCCAGUAUGCCCGGCCGGCGGUUCCUCAUGAGGCUCUCGGCUGCCUGAUAUUAACGGUACAGGCCUGCUUCUUCAAUCUGGAAAGUUCUCGGCAGGGGAAAGCAGGCCAGUUAGCACAGCUAGCGUUAGCCUUUUCCGCGCCGCAGCUCUGGGCUUUGACGGUGCGGGUUUUUCCAUGACCACACCAUUGACACUGUUGUCUGUCAAUUCGAGGACGUUUUAAUUCCUAAAGGUAUUUUAUGGGAUUCAUAUCGGCGGAGGAAAAGCCAAAAUGGUGAACUGGAGGCGGCUGCUGCGGAUGUCCAACCGAUCGUUUCUGGCCUUCAUAUUCUUCUUCUCCAUGUCCACCACAUGUCUUUACUUCAUUUAUGUGGCUCCUGGAAUAGCCAACACAUACUUCUUCAUGGUGCAGGCUCAGGGCAUCAUGUUGAGGGACAAUGUCAGGACUAUUGGCCAGAUGAUUCGGCUGUACACCAACAAGAACAGCACAGUCAAUGGGACAGAUUAUCCUGAUGGCAGCAACUCCAGUGAAUACCUGGUCCAGCCAACAACAUAUCUUCCGGAGAACUUUACCUAUGCCCAGAACCUCCCCUGCCCAGAGCGAUUACCUUCUAUGAAGGGCCUUCUGGAUGUCAACAUGACAGAGAUCCCUAUGGAAGAGAUAGAACUGAAAUUCUCCAAGUUUUUUGACAUUGAGUUUGGAGGCCAUUGGAAACCAAAGGACUGCAGACCUCGCUGGAAGGUGGCCAUCCUGAUUCCUUUUAGAAACCGCCACGAACAUCUCCCCAUCCUCUUCCAACACCUCAUCCCCAUGCUGCAGAGACAGCGGCUGCAGUUUGCCUUCUAUGUGAUCGAACAGAGUGGGAGCCAGCCCUUUAACAGAGCCAUGCUGUUUAACGUGGGAUUCCUGGAGGCCAUGAAGGACUUGAACUGGGACUGUUUGAUCUUCCACGACGUUGACCACAUCCCUGAGAAUGACCGAAACUACUACGGCUGUGGUCAGAUGCCACGCCACUUCGCUGCCAAGCUGGACAAAUACAUGUACAUUCUUCCUUACAGUGAAUUUUUUGGCGGUGUGAGUGGACUCACUGUGGAGCAGUUCCGCAAGAUUAAUGGCUUUCCCAAUGCAUUCUGGGGCUGGGGAGGAGAGGAUGAUGACUUAUGGAACAGGGUUCACUAUGCUGGUCUGAAUGUCACGCGACCAGAGGGAGAGAUCGGCAAGUACAAGUCGAUUCCUCACCACCAUAGAGGAGAGGUGCAGUUCCUUGGCAGGUAUAAACUGCUGAGGUAUUCCAAAGAGCGGCAACACUUGGACGGCCUCAACAAUCUCCAUUACAGUCCCCACAUCUCCCUCAGCAACCUCUACAAGAACAUCACGGUGGACCUGUACCCUGAGCUCGCCCCCAUCAGAGACUACUGAACUGACCCCACAGACUCCUGACCACCCGACCCGUCCUCUACACCCUCAGCUCGGCCCGGCCUCCUAGCGCCCCCUUCAGCUAUUCAGAGGCAGAGCUGCAGUGCAGUGGAGAGGAGGGGGGCCUAGGCUGGGAGGGGUGAAGAGGCACACUGAGUAAUGCUGCCAAGAAUUCCCAGAGAGGAAAAAAAAAGAAGAAAAUUCAAAUGGAAAAAACGAGGAAAAAAUUAAGAGGCAGUGGCAAGUCUUUGAGUGAACUGUUGAUACUGUGUGUGUGUGUGUGUGUGUGUGUGUGUGUGUGGGUGGGUGGGUGGGUAAGAUGGGUAAGAUGGGUGAGUUGCUGCAUGUCUUCUUGUCCUUGCUGGCUUAACUACUAGAGGUUGGAGGGAGCAGCAGCAUCUCAGCUCUGAUGUUUACUGCAAAGCCUUAAUGUGGCAGAACCACAGCUCCCUCUGCUCGGCUCCGCACUGCUUCACUUCUGAUGUAUCACCGUCACCUUACAAGCCAACAGACAACUUCUUGUCUCACUUUCUACUAUCAUUUGUUUUAUACAUAUCAUUUUGUGAGGCUCCACUAUUCCUUUAAAAGAAGGGAUCUGAGCGGGGUCAACAUUAAUAAUUGUGAUGUACAUUUUUUUAUUUUGAUACGUGCUAUUUAUUUUCUCUCUCAUUGGGGAUGUUUGAAGAAGCACUCCUGUCUGUGUCACUAUUUGCUGUUUGUUUUGCUGCACUGCUGCUGAAUCCGCAUGAACAUGUAUGUAAAUAUCGGCCUCUUAAAGCUCGAACACAGAACACAGAUAUGUAAAUAUGGGCCUUUAAAUGCUCGGGCGUAUUACAGUGAUAUUCCAGUGGGUUUGAAUUUUAUUUUGGCAGCUACAUUCAUUCUGAGGAUUUAGUAGGAGUGAGUGGUUUCUUCCUAACAGGAAGAUCUAACAAUAUAGGAUGUUUGGCUUAAAAAAUACAGAGGUUUCCAAAUCUCAAGAUUGGACAUGAUCUUUUGCAUGCCUUAAUUUAUUUUGUUUACCAGAGUUAGUUCUUUUCAGACAUAAAUUAUUUCAUUAGCUGGAGAUGUGUAUAUUUUUUUGAUGUGUAUAACUUUGCCUUUUGUUUAGCUUUUUUCUUUUUGAGUUACACUGUGUGAGAAAGUAGAGCUGCUCCUCAGUAGGAGGGCGUGACUGAGUCUCUGCUCCAUGACUUUGUAUGAGGAACAGGGUCAGCUAUUACAGUGUCCACACAGAUGCUUUAUUGCAGGUUCAUGGUCUCAUGUGAGUGAAUAUUUUUUUGUCUCAGAUGUGUUUUUAUUUUUACAUUUUUUAUGAUUUGUAUUCUAAUGAUUUAGUGCUGGACCAUGUGACAAAGCUCUUCAUUGUACUGUACCAUGCUCUGAAGCAUGGCGAUCUGGGCUGGAUGCUGUGUGUGUGUCUGGACUAUGGUGUUAUCUUUUUCUCUAAGCUUGUGAGGUUGUCAGAUGGGCCAGAAUGAGAGAACCUUAGUGUCAGCUCAUCACAGCUGAAGCUACUGCUGUUCUUGAAUGGCACAUGAUGUCAUAGUUUCAUUUCUUCAGUCUUUGAACACUGUAAAGAUGGAGAGAGAUAUGUGAGCAGGUUGUUUUGACCAGGUGUUCACUAUUCAGAUUAUCUUUGAGAUCUCUAGGUUUUAAUUUUGACCAUGAAUUGUACAUUUGGAUGUUUUCUUUCAUUGUAUCCCCUGCAAUGUUAAAUCAGAACUCUGGCCAUUUUUGAUCUGGACUAUACUCCCUGUCCUAUGACUGUCUCAUCCUGUUAAACUGCUUCAUGGCAAGUCCUUUAGAGGCCCCUGUACACUGUGUGGUUGUUGGUGGCUCUACAUCUCACUGUCAGACACACCCACCCACAGCCCAGUUGGAGCUGUGGUGACCAGAGACUAUGGGAACUUAGGAACCAGAUGGUCUCUAUGUCACAUCGACAUUUUAAUGGAGUAAAUGUUGAGAAGUCAGUUCACCAGGAGGUCCUUUUAAUAUCUGUUCUGGAGCUUUUGAUCAUAUCACAUGAUCACCAGCACAUGGAGUUUGUCCUGUUGUCAUGGAGUUGUAGAUAGACAUCAGAAGAAUAGACAGACUAGGCAGAAUCUUUCUGCUGCUGAAGAGCAUGUGAAAUUACUGAAAGGUUCUGCUUUAGUUAGAUUAGUCAGCUGACUGUCAGGAAUCAUCUGCAUCAUUUUAAUCAUCCAUUAAUAGUUACAUUUCACCCUCUCAGUAUAUUUUUAAUUAUGAUAAAGUGAAUAUCUGUCAGAUAAAACAAGCAGUUUGGAAAAUUGUUAUUGGCCAAACAAUGAAUUGAUUAAUGAAGAAACACAGGUAGCUGAGGAGGUUUAGUCAACAGUGGAUGGAUGGGUAAGAUGGAGGAAAUAGGGUGCAGGUAUGAAAUGGCCAGAGUGAAGAUCAGAGUUAUUUUCUUUAGAGCUUAAAGCAUUACAUGACAGUCAGAACACCCAGGAUUCCUUCACACAGCACGACAGUCCUCAGCACAGCCUCUCCCAGAAGCCCUUGCAGCAGUGAUGGUUAGAGCAGCCUGUAUGUUUACAGAUUUAUUUUGUCCAUGGAAAGCUCAGCUGCGGUCUGCUGUAUUCAGUUGCAGAGGUUUACAGCUGACAGUCUGAGAGUCAGAUUAGAGAGCAGAGCUUAGUCAGUCUCCUCUGUUAGUCCUGGUCUCUCCUGUCUGCUGAACUGGAUUCUUUGAACAGUGUUUGUUCAACUAAUGAUUCUCUUGUGCUAUGCCUUUCUUAGCAUAGCACCACAUCUCUGCAUUAGAGAAGAAAUCAGGCUUGUUUACAAACACCACUACAUAUACAUUCUGUGUUCAUCUGUUGCUACAGUAUUUAAUACAGCUGAAAUACCUUAAUUAUUAAUUAUUGAAUAAUUAAUUACUGUGUAGUCAGAUCAAAUAUUGGAGAAGUGAUAUUCAGAUUUAGUUUGUAAGCAUUUAAAAUAUGAACCCAUUUUCAUGAGAGACAGUAUUGAAUCAUCUGUUACAGUGGUUCUCAACCAUCACACACACACACCAAAGCCAACAAGAGAAAGCAUCACGCCCUGAUAAAACAUAAUCUUCUUGAUAUUGCAGAAAUUUAAAAAGUGAUUGCAUUUGAACAUGAUUUCAACAUGACAUGAUGAAGACCAUGAACUGCGUGUUAGACCUUUACAUGUGUUAUGCUUGUGUAGAAGCAGGUUAUGAAUGACAUUUUUAGAUGCUGAAUGACUCCUCUGCUACACUGACUGUGAACUUGAAACCAUGACAGGCUUUUUCAGAUUUUUCUGACAUCAGUUUUGGUUGAAGUGUUUGUUUGAUCAGAAAACUACCUCCCCCAUCCCACAUUUUAGUCUCCUUACAUGGGUUACCUGGCUUCUACAGUUUUAGAUAUGUCUCCCACCUGUUCUUACCCACGUCUGCAGUUUAAAGCAAUACACACCUUAAUGAUGGUCUUGAUGGACACUGCUUGUCAUGGUAUACCUUCCAUUUCCAGACCCAUUUUCUGGAGGAUCUUUUCUGAUUCUCGUCUACACAGACCCAAAUUCAGACAUGGCUUUUACCAGUAUUUAGCGUAGUUCGAUAGCAGAUAAUGAUUCAGCAUUUCAAAGGUUAAAGGGGCACUCCACCAGUUUAGUAUUGUGUUUUAGUAAAGUUGGGCAACUUAUAAGAAACAGAUUUUAAAAAAUGACAAGACAGAGGCUGAGAUACUUUGACUUGAAGUUGCUAAAAAUUUUCUUUGCCCUGUUUGACCCAGUGUUUCUCUGUGCAGAAGACUAAUAAAGCCUUCAAACUGAAGAUACUGGCACCAAGCAGAUGACAUGACAGUGUAUUGGAGCUCAGAGUAGCUACUUAGCCAGCACACUGAGCCUGAUGAAUAAAACUGUUGGAGUUUUCCUUUUAUAGAUGAAGCAGGUCAGUUGAGGGUUAACCAGAAACAUUGUCUCUGACCUUUUGUUGUUCUUUAUAUUUCAUGGCUUUACUUCAUUCAGUGAGUGUUUCCCAGUGUGAUGAGGAGUUCACAGAUGGUGCGACAGGGCAGGAAGCCUGUAGUGCUUUACAUCAGUCUACCAUAUAUUCCAUUAUGGAUCCUCAUGGAUCUGCUUAAUAACCUUCUUGCGUGGCCAUAGCCAGAACUCUGGUCCAAAUGCUAAACUCGGUAAAUAAUCUGUGAUCAGUUUUUAUGACAAAAUAGUUUGUAUUUGUCCUUGACUCUAGUCAGUAUUGGAUGUUGGGUCCCAGUGGGUCCCAGAACCAGGUGAGGGUGACUUUAUCCACGUCAUCAGUCCUUUUUAUCCAUCAGAAAUAUGUAAGACAGUUCAGAUGAUGAUUGACCCCUGGACUCCAUUUUGCAGUAUUUAUUUGUGCCUUCGAGCCCUUUUAUUUUUUUUUUACAUUGAAACUGAAGAGAUUAAAAUGGUUUGGUUUUAUUGCAUUGUCAGUGUUUUCUCCCUUCAUAUGAACCAUAUCAAGUCAGACUGAGUAUGAAAUAUGUUCAUGAUAAGAAUCCAACAGGUCUGAUGAAACAUUUUGCCCUGCCUGUCUACUCUAGUGUGUUUGGCUGCUUUGAUGAUCAACAGUGACUGCCUGCAGAUCAUGUUCAACAUCAUUUUUGAUGUACCAACACAGAUUUCACAUUUCAUGUAUGUCAUUAACAGCUGAGGUUUAAUCGCAUUUGCUCAAAAAUCCUCCAACAGAAUGAACACAGUCAUAAAUCUGUCUAUCAUCAACAGUUUCAUGCACACUGCUGUGUGGCUAAUCCACCUUAAACCUGGUCUGUAGCCUUGAGUCUGCAUGGCCAGGCCUACAAACACAACAGGAUAAAAUAAUGUUAUUUACCUCCACUCUCCAUGUUCACAGUGACCAGCGCAUGGAAACAGAGGCUUUGCUUUUGUGAACAGUGCUGCAGGCAGCUUUCCAUUGAUUGAUGUGAUAUGUUCAUGUUCAUAUUCAUCCCUGUGAAAAGAAUUCUGGGCCCUGAUGUUUUUCAUUAUGAUGUGGAAGUUUGUAGCAUCCCUGUGGUCUUUUAUUUCUCCAUGUUCACCAGGCACUUCUGACAACAUGAAAAUGUCUUUUUUGGCUCUCAGAAAUGUUAGUAUUUAGAACCUAACUGAUAAAUCGAUCAGUCAUUUAUUACAAAUGUAUCAGUAUUGAUGUAUUGGCUAGUAGAUGGAGAACAGUGUGCAUUCAGAAAUACCAAAGAUGUUUGAAGUCAUUUAGAAACAGUGUUGCUGAUGCAUAGCCUGUCCACUAGAUGACACUGACAUGUUUAUUUAUCGACUGCAGGACGUCUUGCUCAAUACAUAUCUGGAUCACAUGUCUUUAGGAACCACAUGUAAGGAAUAAAUAAAUGACUUUUUUUUUUUUACAAAAACCCCUGGAACUUUAGCAGAUUAGUCAGCCACAUGGCGUGGCCUUCAUGCAGAUGGUGAUGGGUUGAUGGUAACAGUUGAACCAAUAAAUCCACAGUGAUGACUGUACACAAACAAGUCAGCUACAAGAGGCUGAGGCAGAUACAAACAUCAAUGUGUCCAUGAGAGUUCUAGUCUCAGAAUCAAAGCCAACCAUUCAUGUUUAGACAUUGGUAAACAAUACCAGCCAAGUGGUAAAAAAUACAUUCAGGUUGACUGAUGACACAGGUUUGUGUAUCAUAAAUUCAGAUGUUGACAGUGAAAUGAAAAAUACAUUUUCCUAGUUCCA